CAGCAGCUCUGCAGCUUCACUGUGUGUGAGCCUGUGAUGAGGAGCACCGACCGCUGUCAUCUGAGCGGCAGUAUCAUGGAAUAAACAUGGCCCACAACAGAAGCUUUUUCUUCGAAGGCCUGGACAGAUCAGAGAGCAGGAGAGAUGGAGGCUACAAACACAACUGGAGCUUUUCUCUGUCUGGUGACAGUGAAGAGGAGAAGAGACAUGAAGCCGGCGUGGUGAGCAUGGAGGAGAUGAGCAGGCCACAGUCGACCUCCCCUGAGGAGAAAAAGUCUCCCUCCCUCAGACACUUCACGUCCUCCGAUUCAAUCAGAACGUACGAGAACCGCUCAAAUCAUCUCAUGAGGCCUCUGAACAAACCGGGACCCAGGAAACUCAGCGACGUCCCUCUGUCGGUAGCGACGUCCUCGCCGAUGCCCAACAGAACCAACUAUUUCAUCAUCAGUCCCGCGUCUUCGCCGGGAAUCGUCUUACAGGGUCGACACUUCCAGCACGCACAGAUGCCGUCUGCCGCCAGGAAACCGGCUCAGAGAAACGACUUCCCCACAACACAACAGGCUGUAGAGAUGGACAGCAUCGUCCUCACCUGUCCAGAGGUUCCAGAGGACGAGGAUCUGAACAUCAAACGUCGCGUGCAUCAGAAAAGGAAACCGCUGGACGGCUGCUGUUCUUUCCCCUCACAGGUCAAAGCAUCAGAGCCUCUGCGGCCGGCAAACUUCCACUCGGUGUGUGUGAAGUGCAACAAGCCGAGCACCGGCGCCACCAAGUGUCACAGCUGCGGGAGCGGCGCGGCACCGCCGGCAGCGCUGCUGCCCUGCCAGCAGGCGGCACUCUCCUCCCCGACCCCUCGACCCCCCAUCAGGUCGCAGCCGUCCCCCGGACCAAACAGCCCGCAGCAGAACUUCUACAAGCCGGCCACGACCACGAGGACGUCGCUCACGAGCGCCAGGGGAACUCUGCUGCCGCUGAGCAACGGCAGGACGCCGCUGUCGGCCGGGACGUCGAGCUGCUGCGGAGCCAGAAACCCGACCAAAGGCAAGAGAGCGACCACCGCGAGCCAGCAGCACGAACUCAACGACCCCAUCGUCCUGUCCAGCGAUGACGAGGACGACGCCGACAACGCCAGCACAGGAAGUGUCAACAGGCUGGACAACGUCUCCCCUCGGCCGGCAGACUCGGCGCACUCUUCGCCGGCGCCCUCCGGUGGCAGAGUGGAGGCGGCGGAGAAGAGCGCGGGCGAUGGCGAGGACAUGAACACGGAGUUCUUUGAAGACGUCAACAUGAAGAUCACGCUGCCGCGGCGGGCUCGCAUGAAAGACCAGUUUGGAAAUCAACCACCCGAGCAGUUUUCUCCGCGGACAAAGAAGCCAAAAGUGUCGUCUGACAAGUGCGACAACAUCAUACUGCAGUGUCGGAGCGUCAGGGUGGGAACUCUGCGCAGGGUGGUGACCAAACCCGUCAUCUUUACCACCACCAACGUCCAGCUGGAAACAGAAGUGUCGGAUUCGGAGUCGAACGCCAAGACCAUGGAGAACGUCAGCCUCCGAGCGUCAGAGCUGAUCAGCUGCGAGUGGUGCAACGUGCGGAAGCUGCCCGUGUUGUUCUUCCAGACGACGCCGCUGGAGUGUGAGCGUCUGCGCACGCAGCUGAGCAUGAGCAGGGAGAAGGGAAGCGAUUGGUACGACUGCACCAGCCACGAGUCGGAUGAGAAGUACAUCGUGUUGAUCUUCGAGAACGGGCUGGCGAUGCAGGAGCAGAUGAUCCUGGAGGACAUCCUGAACGAGAUCGGCCGCGCCAACAACCUCGUCGGCUUCCCUGCCAAGCUGCCGUUCGAGGAGGCCAACAUGCGCCUGGUCAACUACAACAAGGCCAGCAAGCAGAAGGAGGACAAGGUGAAGCCGACGCAAACUCCUCCCAAAAACGUCACACAGGUCACGCAGGUCACACAGGUCACGCAGGUCACGAUGCCCGUCCGCACGCGGAUGUCCACUCGCCAACAGACCAGCACGUACUUUGAAGACGAGGACGACGACAUGACCGACCUGCAGCCCACUUUCUCCGGACCAAUCAUCAAGUUAAUGGUGUAUCCUCCUCCUCCAGCCAAAGGUGGCAUCUCUGUCACGAAUGAAGACCUCCACUGCCUUAACGAUGGAGAAUUCCUCAACGACGUCAUCAUAGAUUUUUAUUUAAAAUAUUUAGUUUUAGAGAAGUUGAAAAAAGACGACGCACAAAGAAUCCACGUGUUCAGCUCCUUCUUUUACAAGAGGCUGAACCAGCGGGAGAGGAGGAACGUUCCUGAAACCACAAACCUGCCAAUGCAGAAGAGGAAGCACAACAGGGUGAAGACGUGGACUCGACACGUGGAUCUGUUCCAGAAGGACUUUAUUUUUGUUCCCAUCAACGAGUCAGCUCACUGGUACCUCGCCGUCAUCUGUUUCCCGGGCCUCGAGGGUCCAGUGUUCGAGCAGAACCCAAUGUCCCGGGACCCGUCUGCGGCGUCCAGCUCGCUUGUGCAUCGUCCCUCAUCGGAGGAGAACAUCCCGGAACACUGUCGUCCUCUGUCGCCGGACGGAGACGGGCUGGACGUGUCCCCGGAGCAGCCGUCGCCCGGCGCCGCUGACGCGCCUGGAGAAGGUCGCCUCUGUGGUGACCUCGCCAACGACGGCUUCACAGACGGGAGACAAGAACCUUCCAGAACUUCCACGGCGGCCGGCAGCGCCCAAGCUGACGGCGAACAACAAUACACAAGUGAGUUGCACAGAAUCAGCGUCUGUUACGGUUCAAACAAAGAAGACGACACCUACACCUUCUCCGACGACCAAAGCUCGUGUCAGGACGAGUGCAGUGAAGAUGAGACUCUGGCUGAAGACACGCUCAGCGCCGACGCCUCCACUUUGGCCUCAAAACCAAACCUGUGCAAACAGCCUUGCAUUCUCAUCAUGGACUCGCUGCGUGGUCCGGCUCGCUCCACUGUGGUGAAAACUCUCAGAGAGUACCUGGAGGUGGAGUGGGAGGUGCGUAAAGGGAGUCAGCGGAGUUUUGGGAAGGACGUGAUGAAGGGUUCAAGUCCCCGUGUGCCUCAGCAGGAUAAUUUCAGUGACUGUGGAGUUUACGUCCUGCAGUAUGUGGAGAGUUUCUUUGAGAAUCCCCUCCCCAGUUUCCAGCUGCCGGUGAACCUGAGCGACUGGUUUCCUCAGCAGAGGAUGAAGACGAAGCGUGACGAGAUCAAAGAGCUCAUCCUCGACAUCCAGCAGCAGCAGGACGUGGAGAGGGAAGAGCUGGCGCCGCUGGAGGCUCCGCCCACCUCGCCGGAGGAGCCCGAGAUCGAGGAGACCUGUAGCCUGACCACGAGUCGGCAGCCGAAUUUAGCCGUGAGCCGCUGAGGUGGCCCCGCCCACCUGGUCCUGAGUCUGAUGAUUGUCUGCUGCUGGUUUCACUGAAACACCUGAACUCUCACACACACACACACACACACACACACCUUUACGUUUGUAAUAAAUAAAGAAGUCGACGUGUAAAUACGCAGGAGUUCUUCCCGCUGCCUUUGUAAUUUUACUGUUUUAUGAGAAGUGGCUCGUUAAUUUAUGUUGUCAUGGAUGUUCUUCUGUUUGGGCUCAGCCAUCGUUUCUUUAUCCAGCUGUGUAGAGGAAAACAACAACAACAACAACAACAGAACCCAGAGACUACGUCACUGUUGUGUUGUCAUUUCACCAAAUCCACCGUCUGGAAAAUAAAAAGCCAGGUUUCACAGCGCUUGACUC